AUGGGCGAAAACACCCGCGUCGCCACCAAAUCCGCCCUGGCUGCCGCCGCCUUCUCCUCGCCGUCGGCGUCGUCGGCUCCGUCGUGCUCGCCGGGGCGCGGCGUGGGCGCCGCCGGGGGGCUCCGGCUGGAGGCGGUGAUGGAGAACCUGCAGCGGGCGCAGGCGGCGCGCCUCGAGGAGAAGCUGCGCCGCGCCCAGGCCGCCCCGGCCCGGAGCAGCCCCGCCGGCGGCCCCCCGCACCCCCAGGCGCUCCCGGCCGGGCAGCUGCCGCCGUUGCGCGCCGCGCAGGAGCCGCGCCUGCCUCCGCCUCCGCACCCCGCCGCCGCAGGAGCCUGCCCGACGGCCACCCCGCUGGCGCUGCGCCCUUUCCCGGCCGCCGGCCGCUGCGCGGGGCUGCUGCCCUCGGGCGGCGAGGAGGAGGACGACGACGAGGAGGAAGACGACGAGGAAGCGGAGGACGACGAGCCGGACGACGAGGACCGAGGCGCCGCCGCGCCCCGACACGCGCCGCGCCCCGCCUCGCCGCCGCUGCCCCCGGCGCCGCAGCAGCCCCACGAGUGGACCUACGAGGAGCAGUUCAAGCAGCUGUACGAACUGGACACCGACCCCAAACGCAAGGAGUUCUUGGACGAUUUGUUUGGCUUCAUGCAAAAGAGAGGGACUCCAGUGAAUCGUAUCCCCAUCAUGGCAAAGCAGGUCCUGGACCUCUACACCUUGUACCGUCUGGUGACCGAGAAAGGGGGCCUGGUGGAAGUCAUCAACAAGAAGAUCUGGCGCGAGAUCACCAAAGGCCUCAACCUGCCCACCUCCAUAACCAGCGCUGCUUUCACCCUCCGCACGCAGUACAUGAAAUACCUCUACCCCUACGAGUGUGAGAAGCGGGCGCUUAGCUCCCCCGGUGAGCUGCAGGCCGCCAUUGACAGCAACCGGAGGGAGGGGAGGCGGCAGGCCUUUGGCACCACGCUCUUCAACUACUCCCCGGUGGGCACGCCGGGUGUCCUGGCCUCGCCCAAAAUGCCUCUGCCCUCCCUCACCAUCUCCGCACACAACUGCAGCCAGAUCAGCCAAGUGCACGCCAUCAAGAAAGAGGAGAGCAUCCUUUCCUCCGCAGUCCCCGGCCGCCUGGCCAUCCCCGUCAGCCUGGCCGGGCACCAUUUGGUGGCUGCGCAAGCCGCUGCGUCUCAGGCGGCUGCCCUGGAGCAGCUGCGGGAGAAGCUGGAGGCGGGCGAACCCCCCGAGAAGAAGAUGGCCCUGGUGGCCGAGGAGCAGCAGCGCCUGGUGCAGCACGCCCUCCAGCAGAACCUCCUGGCCAUGGCGUCGCAGUUCCCGGUCAACAUCAAGAUCAACAACCGCGGAGAUGACAGACAGGAGGCUGCAUUGAACCUGUCCAGCAAUGGCAUUAGUAGCAUCAACAUGUCAAUAGAAAUAAAUGGAGUUGUCUACACAGGUGUGCUGUUUGCCCGGAGGUCUGGCGUCGCCAGCAGCGCCGGGGGUGCCCACAGCCACAUCAGCCCCGUGACCUCGCAGAGCCAGCUGUUGUCCACGGCGCCACGGGGCCACACUCCGGCCAGCACUUCGCCGUGAGGGGAGACGUCCCGGGAGCCUCCUGCCUCCACCCCUCGACCUGGCGCCAGAGACCUCGGGCGGCAGAGACAAUGCCACGGUUGCCCUGUGCCAGGGCCCAGCAGAGGGCACCCAGGGUUGUGGCUGAGUGGGGCUGGGUGCUGUGGCCCCAUCCUUUCCUGGGGGGUGGGAUUUCUGGGCAGGAUGGAACGAGACGCUUGAGCAGAGAGCUUUGGAGAGGACUUGAGGGGACUUGGAGGAGGAGGAGGUUGGGGAGACCUCGAGGCUGGACUCUGGACUCCACUCGGGCACCCGAGAAGACUCAGCGGCGGGUGGGGGUGCUUCCUGCAUCAACUCCCCUCCCCUGUCAAACAAACCGAGUUGUAUACCCAGCACAAGCAUGCUGUUCGCACACACAACACCUCACAUCUUCAACAUGACAUAGCUCAGGGCUGGGCAGCCCUCCUGAGCCCGAGGCCUCGCUCUCGCCUGCCCCAUGCCAGGCUGGGUGAUGCCAGGGGCAGAGGGGGGGGGGCUCAGAGCUGGCAGGCGUCAUUCCAGGCACACAAAUGCCAGAGGUCUCUGCGCCCACGUGCGGGCGAGCAAUUAGGCACCACCAGGCCAAAGCACUCAAGGAGGGCAUGGAGCAGAACUGGCGAGGGGAUGUGGCUAGGAGAGGGUCCCAGGGGCCAGGCAGAGAGGCCCGGGAGGAUGGAUUUGGCCCCCAAGGCCUGGGCCGCCUCACCCCGGACAUUCUCUCUCUCACACACAGUGGCCCUCCUCUCCUCGUACAGCCCCUUCCCUUCCGUUGACGGGGUCUCUUGCCCUUUCCAAACCACAGCUGUGGGGCAUCAAAAGCACUUGGGGGAGAUGCGAGGGGUGCAGAAUCCCAAGCCUGGCGUUGAGUUUAGCGAGAGCAAGAAGGGAAGGGGGUGCCUUCAGGGGA